AUGGCCGGGAAGGAGAGGGAGAGGGAGAGGGACCGGGAGCUGCUGCUCAUCCCGGUGGCAGGUGACCACGCCGGCGCCGGCGCCGGCGCCGAGGAGGAGACGUCGUCCCUGCCGGUGGCCGGCUCGCCGCCGCCGUUGGCGCGCAGCCGCCACCACCACCGUACCGGCAUCGAGGCGUUUUCAAGGGUGAUACGCAGCUGGGCAUGGAAGAAGUUCAUGACUGGAUGUGUCAUCCUGCUCCCCAUUGCCAUCACGUUCUACACCACCUGGUGGUUCAUCCGCUUCGUCGACGGCUUCUUCUCCCCGAUCUACAUCCAUCUCGGCAUCAAUGUCUUCGGGCUGGGGUUUGCGACGUCGAUCACCUUCAUCUUCGUCGUCGGCGUGUUCAUGUCGUCGUGGCUGGGAGCAUCUCUCCUCGGCCUCGGCGAGCUCCUCAUCAAGAAGAUGCCGCUGGUUCGACACAUCUACUCUGCCUCCAAGCAGAUCAGCGCUGCGAUCUCACCAGAGCAGAGCUCGCGGGCGUUCAAGGAGGCGGUGAUCAUCCGGCACCCGAGGAUAGGCGAGUACGCUCUGGGAUUCGUCACGUCGACGCUGACGCUGUGCGGCGGCGUCGCCGGCGACGGCGGCGGCCGGGAGCUGGCCUGCGUGUACGUGCCGACGAACAACCUCUACCUCGGCGACAUCUUCCUCAUGAGCCGAGCAGACGUCAUCGUGCCGGACCUCUCCGUCCGUGAGGCCAUCGAGAUCGUCCUCUCCGGCGGGAUGUCGGUGCCGCAGAUCAUCUCGGCGGUGGAGGGGGCCGUCGGGCUCGGCGGCCAUGACCGGACAGUCAAGAAUCCGUAGUACAGUAGGUUACUGUGUUCGAUCCCUCUCGACAGAAGAAUUUGAAGAGAAUGCAGUGUCUCAUCUUUAGUUUCUGUACGCAUAGAUGAUUAGUUACAUAGAGACUAGAGAGGAAGAGGUUUCCAGCAUUGAUAAGAUGCAACCAUGCA